AUAUACAUCGUUCCUACAUCAUCAACCAUGAUUACUAAAUUCAACCACAAUGUCCUCCACAUCUACAGCAUCUCUUACGCCCUCAGACCCAGGUCAAGAUCUCGAUAUCGAAGCAGACCUGUUGACAACGGAGUCCGGCUUCAGUCUCGCAAAGUGCCCACCAAUAUAUGUUCUUCCCACCCAUCUAGACCUUGACGCGCUCCAUCAAACCGAGGAGACUUUGAUCCAGCACGGCGCACGCCUGACAUACGAUGUUGCAGAGGCUACAUUGAUUCUCGGCAAGGUCAGGCAGAAGAAGCGCGCGGCGCUGGAGCUGAGGUCGAGAGGAGUGUGGACAGAGGAGGUGGAGAGCACCUCCUCACAUACUUCAGGUCCACCGGCGAAACGGCGACGGUUAGAGAGCGGAAGGAAUGGGAGUGCAGUGAGUGAAAUAUACUUGAGCACGGAGGAUGAGAGUGAAGAAGAUGGUAGACGGCUCACGGCGCAUCUCGAGCAUCCACAGCUGUCGGAAUCGAAAAGGAGUGAAAGGACGAGCGUGUCAAAACUGCUAAGCAAAGACGAAGGGGUGAUUAGAGUUGUGCGACUGGAUUGGUUGGCGCAAUGCGCUGAGGCGCAGACGCUCCUACCACUGGCUUCGUUUGUUGUGUAUCAUGCGCGCAAGAUCGAGCGACCUGCAACAAGGGGCGAUGAUGAGACCGCAAACUCACAGGCUAUCCUUGACCGGGCCAAGCAAGACGCCGCAUUCAAAGCCCCGUUUCCUCCGUCUACGGACAAACAUGACAGGGUGGCCAGCCACCGCGCACCUCCAAAGUUGUACCGGCAAACAACAUCCGAAAACGAAGAGGCAGAGCCCUUACCACCGCCACCAGAAUGGGUCCGCGACGGCGUCAUGUACGCCUGCAUGCGGUCCUCAUUCCUCAACACCCCCAACAAUGCCUUCAUUAACCAGCUCGUCAAGAUCCGCACGAUCCGCGAGCUGAACCUCGACGAGAUUGGGGUUCGCGCGUACAGCACUGCUAUCGCAGCAAUAGCAGCAUACCCGUAUGAAAUCAGACGCGGAUCCCAGAUCCUCUCCUUGCCCGGAUGCGACAGCAAGAUCGCUAACCUCUUUGUUGAAUUCAAAGCUAGCGAGAGUGGUACCCUUGCUGCAGCCGAGGCGCUCGAUAAAGACCCGGACCUGCGCACCUUGCACACGUUCUACAACAUAUGGGGUGUGGGCUCGAAAACAGCACGAGAAUUCUUCUACGCCAGACAAUGGCGCGAUCUUGAUGAUAUUGUCGAGCACGGUUGGCACUCGCUCUCACGCGUGCAGCAAAUCGGCGUCAAGUACUACGAUGAAUUCCUUCUCGACAUUCCCAGGGAGGAAACCGAGGCUAUUGGCAAGAUCAUAUGCCAGCAUGCGAACUCGGCCUCUGUCCGUCCGACCGCACAGUACGACGGCCACGGUGUGGAGUGUAUCAUCGUGGGCAGCUACCGCCGCGGCAAACCCGUCUCCCACGAUGUCGAUAUAAUCCUUAGCCACCGCGACGAAGCGAUAACGCACAACCUGGUCGUUGACGUCGUCGCAUCCCUAGAAUCCGAGGGCUGGAUUACCCACACCCUAGCCCUGCACCUGACAACUUCAAAACGUGACCAGCAGACUCUUCCCUACCGUGGCGAUGACGACGAUCGUAAUCAUUUUGACAGUUUGGAUAAGGCGCUUGUUGUCUGGCAGACCCCUAAAGACAAACUUGGCUCCGGUACACAGGCGAGCAGUGCAAAUACCAACCCGCACCGCCGUGUCGACAUCAUCGUCUCCCCAUGGCGCACGGUUGGCUGCGCCGUGCUCGGCUGGUCGGGCGAUACAACUUUCGAGCGGGAUCUAAGGCGGUACGCAAAGAAGGCGCAUGGCUGGAAGUUCGACUCGUCUGGCGUGAGAGAGCGCGUGACGGGCGGCCAGGUCAUUGAUCUUGAGGCUAGAGGCGAGACAUGGCAAGAAAGGGAGAGGAUGGUAAUGGAAGGGUUGGGAGUCGGGUGGAGGCCGCCGGAGGAGAGAUGUACGCGGUAG